CAGAGAUAUAGAGAAAGAUGGUGAAGCAUCUGCCGAAAGAGAGAGCUCCUGCUGGGCGUGAGCCGAGAGAGCCUGUCCGGCUUCAAGGGCGUGUUCGCUUCCAAGACCUGAUCAGUGAGACCAAUCUCAUUAUGGUCCAUGACGCAAGAGUGCAUGCAAACGUGUGCUUGUUUGCUUGUGCGUGUGUGCAUGCAGAGUUGUUCCCGGACGCGCCGCCGUUUCCGAAUGCGAAGCCCAAGAAGCCAAAGUCGAGGCGGCGUCUGGAGGAAGCGGCGCGGGAGAGGCGCAUGCGGAAGCUCCAGGAGGAGCUCCAGAGGAAGCACUUCCGUAAGCGCUUCGAGCGCACGAGAGCGCACUAUGCUUGUCGCUCAACUCUCUUGUCCUGCACUGACUGCAGUCCGUGACGACCCAGACGAUCCCAUCGACGAGCCCGACGAAGAAGAGCCACGGGGACAGCAGCCCCACUCUGCACGGUUGUGGUGGAUGGACGGCACCGAGGACGGCGCUGGGGCAGAGCAACUGCCGCCGCCGCCACUGUGGGUUGAUGAUGAGGGCGAGGGCGAGGGCGAGGGCGAGGGGGGAGAGGGCGACCAGGGCGAGGUAAGCAGUCAAAGCAGCCACAUCAUGGCACGUGUGCAUACAUGUGCCUGCCUGAUGCAAUGCAGGUCGGAUCAUCGGUGCCAUGGUAUGCGAGUCUGCCGCCCGACGACUUGGCGCUGGCGGAGCGCCUUGUCCGGGCGGGCGGCAAGUACCCCCGCAGCUUCAUCUCAGACAUCGGACACAUCACCAUCAACGGGUACACCCGCCAGUCGCACUAAUAUGAGAGGGAAAGGGGGAAUGAGAGGCGGUGCAAAGUCUCUGUCUGUUUGUGCGUGUGUGUGUUCAGCCAUAACAUCGCUGCUUUGGGUGACGGGUCUGUGGUGGAUAAUGAGGUAGUGGAUGCCGUGUUCACCCUGGCGGCCGAAAGACAGAGCCAGCUCAGACAGUCGGGCAGACUGUGAGCGACCUGCACACACCCUAUCACUGCGUUCCGACCAACACGUAUUCUGUGUGUCUGUGUGUGUGUGUUUGCGGCAGGUUGCCACGUGUCCGCUUCACCACCACAGACUUCUGGCAGAGCCUGGCGGGCCCCGACGACGGGUACAAAUACAACUACGAAGCCGUCAAGAGCCACAACAACAUCCAGGGCGUAAGUGAGCCGCCCAGUCACCCAACCACCCAGCUGCACCGAAGCCCUCGACGCAUACAAACACAAACACGCCCAUCGUCCGUAUGUUUGUGUCAUUCAGAUAAGCGUGUUUGAGGUAGACUAUCUGGCCGUGCCGAUCUGUGAUCAUGGGCACUGGUCGCUAGGGUUUGUCGACGUGAGGGACUGACACACACACACACACACACUCGCGAACGAACGAACGAACGAACGACGAGAAAUGUGCCUGUCUGUGUGUGUGCCUUGUUGCCUGCAGGAGGAGACGGGUGGGGGUAUUAGACACGGACAUGCUGCCCAGCGAGGAUACCAGCUUCCAGUACACACACACACACACACACACAUGUCCAGACAGAAUGUGCCGAACGUGUCUGUCUGUCUGUGUAUGUGUCUGUCUGUCUGUUGUGGUAAUGCAGUUUCCUCCAUUUCAUGAUUGA